AUGUCCUUGCAGGCAUCGUGUAUUGGGGCCAUGGCAAUAGCGGAUUUGAUUAAGACCACAUUGGGACCAAAGGGAAUGGACAAGAUCCUGCAAUCAACUGGCAGAGGGCGUAAUGUUACUGUUACAAAUGAUGGGGCUACCAUUCUGAAGUCGCUUCACAUUGACAAUCCUGCUGCAAAGGUCCUUGUUGGUAUCCUUUGUCAAUUUGAUUACUGCUUGACGAUAGUGUUGGGUACAGAAUGGCUCUCGAGUGUGCCAGAGAUACUUUGCUACAAAAGACCAUGGACAACAAAGAAAAUACAGCCUUGCACGCUUAUGGCGUCUGGCGCGGGAAAGGAUCUUGGCAGGAAGGAGAAGAGGAAAAGGAUGUCUACAACAGAGGGUGCACUAGGUGAGGGAGAAAAUAGUGAGUCAGCGAAUCUCCUGAAAAGGAAUUCGGAUGAUGUUGGAUGGGAGUAUGGUGUUCUUGUUGAUCCUAACAACAAGGACAAGGUGAAGUGCAAGCUUUGUAAGAAGGAGAUGAGGGGAGGGAUUUAUAGGUUGAAGCAGCAUUUGGCUCAUGAGGGAAAGAAUGUGAAGAAAUGCACGGCUACAACAGUGCAAGCCAUGGAGGCUAAACAGAAGUGCAAGAAAGCACUAGAUGAGGCAAAAAGGAAGAGGGAGGAGAAGACUAUUCGUGAGCUAGAACUUAGAGAGGAAGUUAAUGUAUCUAGGGUUGGAGAGUCAGAUGAAGUCACUUGUGUUGGAAGUUCAGAGCCUCACAAAUUAGGACCCAUGGACAAAUGGACACGUGCUAUUGAUCCUAAAGCUACCAAGACUGAUUCUUUGAAGCAACAGCAGCUGAACAAGGAACUUUGGAAAGAAAGAACACAUGAGGUGCAUAAGUAUAUUGCAAGAUGGGCCUAUACACAUGCAAUACCUUUCAAUGCAUGUGACAAUGAUGAGUUUAAGCAAAUGUGUGAAGCAAUUGGUCAGUUUGGUCCAGGACUUGUACCUCCAUGUCAAGAUUCACUUCGAGAGAGAUUGUUGGAAGAAGAAUAUGAAAGAACCAAGAGUCUGCUGCAGGAACGUGAAGCCGAGAAGUUCAAAAAUGGGUGCUCUAUUAUGACCGAUGCUUGGUCAGAUAGGAAGAGGAGAAGCAUAAUGAAUCUGUGCACCAAUUGUGCUGAUGGAACCUCCUUCAUCAGCUCUAAGGAGAUGUCAUAUGUCUCACAUACCAGUGAGGUCAUCUUUGAUCUUGUGGACAAAGCAAUUGAAGAGAUUGGUCCAGACAAUGUGGUACAAGUAGUGACUGACAAUGCCUCUAACAACAUGGGAGCAAAAAGGCUAUUGGAAGAGAAGAGACCACACAUAUUUUGGACCUCUUGUGCAGCUCACACAAUCAACCUUAUGCUCCAAGGAAUUGGCAACUUGACUCGGUUCAAGAAAGUGGUUGACCAAGCAAAGGCAUUUAACAUAUUUGUCUAUGGCCACACAAGGACAUUGGAGUGCUUGAGAUACUUCACAGAGGGGAAAGAGGUAGUGAGGCCAGGAGUGACUAGGUUUGCUUCAAACUUUCUCACUUUGAGUAGCAUGCAAGAGAAGAAGGACCAGUUAAGGAAGAUGGUGGUUCAUAGUAGGUGGGACUCAUUGAAGGAUGUGAAAUCAAAGAAAGGAAAAGAGGCAACAGCAACUAUAUUGAGUCCAAGCUUUUGGAAGGAUGUGAAGCUAACAUUGACUGUUUUUGAGCCAUUGGUCAAAGUCCUCCGUUUGGUUGAUGGGGAUGUGAGGCCAUCCAUGGGUUUCCUUUAUGGACAACUACUAAAGGCAAAGAGACAGAUCAAAGAGGCCUUUGUAAAUGUUGAGGCUCGGUUCAAGGAUGUAAUAGCUGUUAUUGACAAGAAGAUGAAUGGAAGACUUAAUUCUCCAUUGCAUUUGACAGCCUAUUUGCUGAAUCCUCACUAUAGCUAUAGUGACCUAUCAAUCUUUGAUCAGCCCAAAAUAUCAGAAGGGUUUAUAUCUUGUGUUGAGAAAAUUUUUUAUCAUGAUGAGGACAUGCAGCACAUGGCUGCCAACAUUGAACUAAAGAAGUUUCAGAAUAGAGAAGGACCAUUUAGCAAGAAGCUUGCUAGGAAAUUUAAAAACUUUGAUUACAACCCAGCAUCAUGGUGGAGACUGUAUGGAUAUGAAACACCAGCUUUACAGAAGAUGGCUACAAGGAUCCUAUCUUUGACAUCAAGCUCUUCUGGUUGUGAAAGAAAUUGGAGUGGGUUUGAAGGGAUACACACUAAGAAGAGGAAUAGGCUUACUACAACCCGCCUCAACAAGCUGGUGUAUAUCCAAUUCAACUCCAAGCUGCUUAGUUUUCUCCAAGAGGGUGGGGAUGAUUGUGCAUUAGCUGACUUUAGAGAUGAGGAGGAAGAUGAGAUGGAAGGUACCGGGAUACCUUGGUCUGUCAUUGGAGAGGCAGUGGGAGCAGAUGAACAGCUUGAGCUGCGUAGAAGUGCAAGAGUGAGGGAGCUUUAUGAAGGAGAAGAAUUUGAGUCUGAAGAAGAAGAAUAUGACGAUGAGGAUGAGGCAGGAGCUAGGAACAUGCAAGAAAAUAAGUUCAGAACUGAUCUCAUGAAUAUUGCUAUGACUACUCUUAGUUCAAAAAUACUUUCCCAAGACAAGGAGUACUUUGCUGAACUUGCGGUUGAUGCUGUCUUGAGGCUUAAGGGUAGCACCAACUUGGAAUCUAUUCAAAUUCUGAAGAAACCUGGAGGAUCUCUUAAGGAUUCCUUUUUGGACGAAGGGUUCAUUCUUGACAAGAAAAUUGGCAUUGGGCAGCCAAAGCGCAUUGAGAAUGCCAAUAUUUUGGUUGCAAACACUGCUAUGGACACAGAUAAAGUUAAGAUAUAUGGAGCACGGGUCCGGGUGGAUUCAAUGUCUAAGGUUGCAGAUAUUGAAGCUGCUGAGAAGCACAAAAUGAGAGAGAAAGUCCAAAAGAUCAUAGCUCAUGGAAUCAACUGUUUCGUCAACAGACAGUUAAUCUAUAACUUCCCUGAGGAACUCUUUGCUGACGCUGGCAUACUUGCAAUUGAGCAUGCUGACUUUGAGGGAAUUGAACGGCUAGCUCUUGUUACUGGUGGUGAGAUCGCAUCAACUUUUGAUAACCCAGAGUCUGUUAAGCUUGGUCACUGCAAGGUCAUUGAAGAGAUUAUGAUUGGGGAGGACAGGCUAAUUCAUUUCUCUGGGGUUGCGAUGGGGCAGGCUUGCACCAUUGUCCUAAGGGGGGCUAGUGAGCAUGUACUUGAUGAGGCUGAGAGGUCCUUGCAUGAUGCCUUGUGUGUGCUGUCCCAGACAGUAAAUGAUACCCGUGUGUUGUUUGGAGGCGGAUGGCCUGAGAUGGUGAUGGCCAAAGAAGUAGAUGAACUUGCAAGGAAGACCCCUGGGAAGAAAUCUCAUGCUAUUGAUGCUUUCUCGCGUGCUCUGCAAGCCAUCCCAACAAUCAUAGCUGAUAAUGCUGGUUUGGAUAGCUCUGAGUUGAUCUCUCAGCUCCGAGCUGUGCACCACAAAGAGAACUGCACUGCUGGAAUUGAUGUCAUCACAGGCACCGUUGGGGACAUGCAAAAGCUGGGGAUUCAAGAGUCGUUCAAGGUGAAGCAGGCCAUCCUUCUGUCUGCGACAGAGGCUGCGGAGAUGAUCCUCAAGGUCGAUGAGAUCAUAACCUGUGCCCCGCGCAGAAGAGAGGAUAGGAUGUGA